CUCUUUUGUUUCUUGACUUUGAACCUCUACCACAACCUCGACGACGAUGAUAUUCUCUUCCAGCUUGCGCUCCGCUGCGAGACGGGGCUUUGUUACCAAUGCGCCUGUGAAUGGCUUUGAUGGUGCUAUUGGCAACACCCCUCUGAUUUACUUGAAAGGCCUCUCGGAACGCAUUGGUUCCAAGAUUUAUGGCAAGGCCGAGUUCCAAAACCCCGGUGGAAGUGUCAAGGACCGUGCUGCCCUUGGGCUCAUCAACAAUGCUGAAAAGCUCGGAUUGUUGAAGCCUGGUGGCACAGUCGUUGAGGGCACCGCUGGUAACACUGGUAUUGGUCUCGCUCAUGUCUGCCGAGCGAAGGGAUACAAGUGCGUUAUCUACAUGCCUAACACCCAGAGUCAGGAAAAGAUCGACCUCCUUCGUAUGCUCGGUGCAGACGUCCGCCCCGUCCCCGCCGUAGCCUACGAAAACCCCAAAAACUACAAUCACCAAGCCAAAGAAUAUGCCGAAUCGUUACCCAACGCCGUCUGGACCAACCAAUUCGACAACGUCGCUAAUGCCCAGGCGCAUUAUGAUACUACUGGACCAGAGAUUUGGGAACAGACCGGGGGCAAGGUGGAUGGGUUCAUUUGUGCCACAGGUACGGGUGGUACUUUGGCGGGUGUUGGGAGGUACUUGAAGGAGAAGAGUGGGGGGAAGACGCAGGUUUGGAUUGCGGAUCCUCCAGGAAGUGUGUUGACCAGCUAUGUGAAUAGCGGGGGCAAGUUGACAGAGAGGUCUGGGAGCUCUAUUACCGAGGGUAUUGGCCAGGGUCGUAUCACGGACAACUUGGGCACCUUUGUGAAGCAAGUGGACGGUGCUUUCACUGUGCCGGAUGAGAAAUCCAUCGCUAUGCUUUACGAGCUCCUUGAGACCGAGGGUCUCUAUCUCGGCGCAAGCACUGCACUCAACGUUGUCGCUGCCUAUGAGCUCGCGCAGAAGCUCGGCAAGGGCUCCAGCGUUGUUACCAUCCUUGCCGAUGGAGCCUACCGAUACCAGAGCCGACUGUUCUCGAAGAAGUGGCUAGAGGCCAAGGGAUUGUCUGGUGCUAUCCCUGAACACCUCAAAAAGUAUUCUGUCUUGGAGUAG